GGGCACAGACGCAUAAUGGCGGUUAGUGACUGUUUUCUUCGUGAUGUCAGCAAUUUUUUCAUGUUUUUCAAAUUAUAUAAUUCGGUGAUUCUUUUGCUGUGUUCUAGCUCUUUUUUAUCACCCUUUGAACUCUUCAAUGGCCGCUCCUCUCACUCACGAAACCAUCAAGGAUGGUUGGUUCCAUGAAAAGACCACUCUCUGGCCCGGUCAAGCUAUGGCCAUCAAGGUCGAGGAAAUCCUUCAUGUCGAGAAGUCUUUGUACCAAGACGUUCUUGUUUUCCAAUCCUCCAACUACGGCAACGUCUUGAUUCUUGAUGGUGUCAUCCAGGCCACUGAACGUGACGAGUUCUCCUACCAAGAGAUGAUCACUCACUUGGCCAUGAACUCUCACCCCAACCCCAAGAAGGUUCUUGUUAUUGGUGGUGGUGAUGGUGGUGUCCUCCGUGAAGUCGUCAAGCACGAAUGUGUUGAAGAAGUUGUUCUUUGCGAAAUUGACGAAGCUGUUCCCCGCGUGUCCAAGAAGUACUUGCCUAACAUGGCCAUUGGUUUCCAACAUCCCAAGGUUCACGUUCACAUUGGCGACGGUUUCCCUUACUUGGAAGACAAGGUCAACACUUUUGAUGUUAUCAUCACCGACUCUUCCGACCCCGUUGGACCUGCCGAGUCCUUGUUCCAAAAGCGUUUCUUCGAGCUCAUGAAGAACGCUCUUACCCACAAUGGUAUCAUCUCCACCCAAGGUGAAUGCAUGUGGCUCCAUCUUCCCCUUAUCAAGGAAGUCCAGACCUUCUGCCGCACUCUCUUCCCCGUUGUUGAGUAUGCCUACACUACCAUCCCCACUUACCCCAGUGGCCAGAUUGGUUUCAUGAUGUUGUCCAAGGACAAGGAAUUGACCUUGAAGAAGCCUUUGCGCAAGUGGACUCCUGAGCAGGAAGCCAAGCUCUGCCGUUACUACAACUCUGAGAUUCACGCUGCUGCCUUUGUUCUUCCUCAGUUCGCCAAGGCUGCCAUUCAAGAGUAAAUGUGCAAUGAUUUUUUGGGCUGCCCACCCCUUUGUAUGUGUUCUAUCUCAACUGUGUCAAACUA